GGGAUUGGACCUGGUGUGGGGAAUGGACCCCGAGCUGGGACUGGAGGGACUGGGAUUGGACCUGUGGUGGGGAAUGGACCCCGAGCUGGGACUGGAGGGACUGGGAUUGGACCUGGGGUGGGGAAUGGACCCCGAGCUGGUACUGGAGGGACUGGGAUUGGACCUGGGGUGGGGAAUGGACCCCGAGCUGGGAUUGGAGUCAAAGGUUCAGGGCCUGUAUCAGGCCCGGCAUCCGGGACCAGGCAGGGCUCGGUGCGUCCCAUCGGGGCCGAGGGGCUGGUCGCCCUGCUGGAGGGGGGUCUGGACAGCGUGUUGUUGAUUGACAGCCGGCCCUUCGUAGAAUUUAACUCCUCCCACAUCCUGGAGGCGGUCAAUGUGAACUGUUCAAAACUGAUGAAGAGACGGCUGCAACAGGACAAGGUUCAGAUCAACGAACUGCUGCAACACUCUGCUAAGAAGAAGUUGGAGCGAGUGGGCGGUCAGGAAGUGGUGGUGUAUGACCAGAGUUCAUCUGACCCCUUGACUCUUCCCUCGGAGGCCUUCCUUACCGUCCUAUUGGACAAGCUGGAGAGGAGCUUCCCUUCCGUACACCUGCUCUCAGGUGGUUUCUCAUCGUUUUCCCAGCUGUUUCCAGGUCUAUGUGAAGGUAAGGUUCUUCUGGCCACGUCCUGCCUGGUCCCCACCUGCCUCUCUCAGCCCUGCCUGCCCCUCAACACCUCUGGGCCAACACGCAUCCUGCCUCACCUCUACCUGGGCUGUCAGAGAGACGUACUCAACAAGGAAGUGAUGCAGCAGAAUGAGAUAACGUACGUCCUGAAUGCCAGUAACACAUGUCCCAAACCAGACUACAUCCCCGAGUCUCACUUCCUGCGAGUUCCUGUCAACGACAGCUUCUGCGAGAAGAUCCUCCCCUGGUUGGACAGAUCUGUAGAGUUCAUAGAGAAGGCCAAAGCCUCCAACGCCUGUGUGCUGGUCCACUGUCUGGCUGGCAUCUCCCGCUCGGCAACCAUCGCUAUCGCUUACAUCAUGACGAGGAUGGACAUGUCACUAGACGAAGCUUACAGGUUCGUGAAGGAGAAGAGACCCACCAUCUCUCCUAACUUCAACUUCCUGGGUCAGCUGCUGGACUUUGAGAAGAAGAUCACGACUCCUGGAAGGAUCCCCCCUAACCCUACCUCCAGCCUCCCAGACCCUGCCUUGGCCAUGCUGGAGCCCCUGACCCUGCCGUGUGUCCUGGCCCCCUGGCCUCCAGAGGAGAGGCUCCUGGCCCAGGCUCUCCAGGGGCUCCAAGGCCUUCAGCUGGACCAGGGGACGGAGGACAGCGCUGCCCGGCUGAAAAGGUCUUUCUCUCUGGACAUCAAGUCGUACAGGGAGCCAGGAGGCUGCAGCAGGAGCUUCAAGGAGCCUGCAGGGAAACCGUAUCAGUUCUCUCCUGUGAAGGAGAUGUCAGAGCAGUCUACACCUGAGCCGAGCCCUGACAAGGAGCAGGACGACGGUCCCGCAGACCCUGCUGCUACGUCUGCAGCUCCCACUGCUGCUCCUGUCGUCUCCACCACAACCAGCACCACUACCACCUCCAACCAGCCCAGCAUGAAGCAGCCCAGCCAGGCUAAGCCUCCUCCACCUCCCCUCUCCUGUUCCCAGCAGCUCCACCGUAGUGGCAGUAUGGAGGAGAGCUCUAACAACACCCCUCACACCACCGGCUUCCUGUUUGGCCUAUCGCGUUCCCAGCAGCACCUGUCCAAGCCCGCCCCUAAACUAGGCUCCGCCCUGAAGGGCUGGCACUCUGACAUCCUAUUGGGUCCCGUCACCGUGUCGUCGGGGGGAUGGUACCUCUCCGAGUCACACCACUUCUACUCCACCUCCGCCAUCUUGGGAGGCGGGGCUAACAUUCUGGGGGGUGGCAGCGUGGCGGCAUACAGCGUGAGUCAGGGGUUGGAGGAGGUGCGGCGGCGCGGGCGACAGAGGAGCGGCGACCACGGGGACUCACGGAGGAGCUGGCACGAGGAGAGCACCUUGGAGAAGCAGCUGAAGAGACGGAGCUGUCAGAUGGAACUCGGAGACAGGAUGAGAGGAGGAGGCGAGACUAGGAGGGAGGAGAUGGGGAGUCACAGCAGCUUCUCAGGAAGCAUGGAGGUCAUAGAGGUGUCCUGAGAGGGACAUUCAAUAUGGCCUCCAGGCCACCCCUUACGGAAUCAUUGAUUUGAAUGGAGACGUCCGUUCUAGGGAGUAUAACCUCCUCAGAUCAGACCCAUGUUGAGGGGAAAGACUUGUUAUGGACCCAUCUUAUUGUCCCACUAGGGACUUGAACCUUGAACUGAUCUAAGCGGCUCUAUGUGUACUUGUGUCGCGACAGUUGGCAUUAAUGUAGUUGAACUUUGACCUGGAAGCAGAAAGCAACUGUGUGACGAUGAUGAAUGUGAUGAAGAGGUGAACUCUGAGAGGACUGUCUUUGGUUUGGAUGAGUGUUCAUCGUUUUCAUUUAUUUCUGAAUGUUGAUGAUCGUCGUCAAGGAGCAGUAGAUGUCUGUCUGACGUUGGAUUCAUGGAGCUUUAAUGAACCUUUAUAAAGUCUUUAUGAAGCCUUAUGAAGUCUUUAUGAAGCCUUAUGAAGUCUUUAUGAAGUCUUUAUGAAGCCUUAUGAAGUCUUUAUGAAGUCUUUAUGAAGCCUUAUGAAGUCUUUAUGAAGUCUUUAUGAAGCCUUAUGAAGUCUUUAUGAAGCCUUAUGAAGUCUUUAUGAAGCCUUAUGAAGUCUUUAUGAAGCCUUAAGAAGUCUUUAUGAAGCCUUAUGAAGUCUUUAUGAAGCAUUAAGAAGUCUUUAUGAAGCCUAAUGAAGUCUUUAUGAAGCCUUAUGAAGUCUUUAUGAAGCCUUAUGAAGUCUUUAUGAAGCCUUAUGAAGAACGGGAUCAGAGAUCCUUGAUAGCCCUGUGUCAAAUCAUCCAAUACCUCACACAUCCAAAUUAGAGGCUUUUCCUGUUCCUCUGUCUUCUUCUGAUUGACAAUUCAAAUCUCAGGUCUUAUUUGAGCAGCAAGAAAAGAUGCUGGAACAACUGAACAGUUCCCGAACAGCUCCCGAACAGUUCCCGAACAGCUCCCGAACAGUUCCCGAACAGUUCCCGAACAGCUCCCGAACAGUUCCCAAACAGCUCCCGAACAGCUACCGAACAGCUCCCGAACAGUUCCCGAACAGCUCCCGAACAGUUCCCGAACAGCUCCCGAACAGCUCCCGAACAGUUCCCGAACAGCUCCCGAACAGUUCCCGAACAGUUCCCGAACAGCUCCCGAACAGUUCCCGAACAACUCCCGAACAGCUCCAGAACAGUUCCCGAACAGUUCCCGAACAGCUCCCGAACAGUUCCCGAACAGUUCCCGAACAGCUCCCGAACAGUUCCCGAACAGCUCCCGAACAGCUCCCGAACAGCUCCCGAACAGCUCCCGAACAGCUCCCGAACAGUUCCCGAACAGCUCCCGAACAGUUCCCGAACUGCUCCCGAACAGCUCCCGAACAGUUCCCGAACAGCUCCCGAACAGCUCCCGAACAGCUCAGUUGGUAGAGCAUGGCGCUUGUACCCUAGGGUUGUAGGUUCGAUUCCCGGGGCCGCCCAGAAGUAAAAUGUACGCACGCAUGACUGUAAGUCACUUUGGAUUAAAGCGCUAAAUAUGAUAUAUUAUUAACGGUGUGGUUGUGGGUUUUGUCUGAUACCUGUGGUAAAGGAAUGAUGUAAUGACUGAUACCUGUGGUAAAGGAAUGAUGUAAUGACUGAUACCUGUGGUAAAGGAAUGAUGUAAUGACUGAUACCUGUGGUAAAGGAAUGAUGUAAUGACUGAUACCUGUGGUAAAGGAAUGAUGUAAUGACUGAUACCUGUGGUAAAUGGAAUGAUGUAAUGACUGAUACCUGUGGUAAAGGAAUGAUGUAAUGACUGAUACCUGUGGUAAAGGAAUGAUGUAAUGACUGAUACCUGUGGUAAAGGAAUGAUGUAAUGACUGAUACCUGUGGUAAAGGAAUGAUGUAAUGACUGAUACCUGUGGUAAAGGAAUGAUGUAAUGACUGAUACCUGUGGUAAAGGAAUGAUGUAAUGACUGAUACCUGUGGUAAAGGAAUGAUGUAAUGACUGAUACCUGUGGUAAAGGAAUGAUGUAAUGACUGAUACCUGUGGUAAAGGAAUGAUGUAAUGACUGAUACCUGUGGUAAAGGAAUGAUGUAAUGACUGAUACCUGUGGUAAAGGAAUGAUGUAAUGACUGAUACCUGUGGUAAAGGAAUGAUGUAAUGACUGAUACCUGUGGUAAAGGAAUGAUGUAAUGACUGAUACCUGUGGUAAAGGAAUGAUGUAAUGACUGAUACCUGUGGUAAAGGAAUGAUGUAAUGACUGAUACCUGUGGUAAAGGAAUGAUGUAAUGACUGAUACCUGUGGUAAAGGCUUUGAAUAAGUUCUGACCUGAGGUCAGUGGUCCUGACCCAGACCUGAACCCUGACCUGAGGUCAGUGGUCCCAUCCCUGACCUGAGAACAGUGGUCCUGACCUGAGACCAGUGGCCCUGACCCAGACCUGAACCCUUACCUGAGACCAGUGGUCCUGACCCAGACCUGAGACCAGUGGUCCUGACCCAGACCUGAGACCAGUGGUCCUGACCCAGACCUGAACCCUUACCUGAGACCAGUGGUCCUGACCCAGAUCUGAACCCUGACCUGAGAACAGUGGUCCUGACCUGAGACCAGUGGUCCUGACCCUGACAUGAACCCUGACCUGAGAACAGUGGUCCUGACCUGAGACCAGUGGUCCUGACCCUGACAUGAACCCUGACCUGAGACCAGUGGUCCUGACCCAGACCUGAGACCAGUGGUCCUAACCCAGACCUGAGACCAGUGGUCCUAACCCAGACCUGAGACCAGUGGUCCUAACCCAGACCUGAGACCAGUGGUCCUGACCCAGACCUGAGACCAGUGGUCCUGA